GGAAAAAGGAAGUCAAAUAAAGAAAUAUGUUUAGCAGUUCAUUAGCACUUGUGUGUGAAGGAGAGCUACAACAUUGAAACGUAAAUUCGCGUCAUGCUUUGGAUUAGGAGCGAGAAUGGGAGUUCAGUGGCAGGUCGUUGGAGCUGGUGAUCCAUGGACUAACAAACCAAACACGUCUUCCUGUUUGGUGAAAUGAAUCAACGUUGACAACCAAAUGGCAUCGAAUAACAAAGACUCAAUAACCUGGUAUCAGAAAAAGAUCGGAGCUUAUGACCAACAGAUAUGGGAGAGAACCAUAGAGCCGCCAAGUGUGAUCAAGGGUUUCAGAAACAAACCAAAAAAGACGGUCUGCUUAAAACCUGACCUGAUUGAUGUUGACUUGGUUAGAGGUUCCACAUUUGGAAAGGCCAAGCCGGAGCGUCCCUUGACCGCACUGACCAGGAAAGGGAUCGUGAGGGUGCUGUUCUUCCCCUUCUUUUUCCACUGGUGGAUACAGGUCACCUCAAAGCACAUCUUCACAUGGCUCCUUCUGCUUUACAUCCUGGAAGUUGUGGCUGUUCUGCUUUAUAUGCAGGCACCUCUGGCAAACACCAGCGAGCUCCUUGGACCCAUGUUCCUUAUGCUUCUUCUGGGAACAGUCCACUGCCAGAUAGUGUCCACCCAGUCCUUCAAAACCCCAGGGACCAACGGGGCCAGGCGGAGAAGGAAGCUGCGGAAGUCUGCGAGUGGGGAUUCCUUCAGGGAAGCGGGGGGCCCCAGUGGUGCUGGUAGAAAGCACCGGGGAGGAGGCCCUGCUGAAGCGGCCUCACUGAUCAGUGGUUUUUGCAGAGGCUACUGGGCCUGGUUCUUUUCAAAUGGGACAAGAGCAGGAAAGGUUUCUGGUAAAACAGAAACUGAUGAUAGCCUGGGCUCUAGAGUGAGCAUCAAGUCUGACCUGAAGGAGUGGAAGCUGGGAGAGAGCAAGAGGCUUUCCACAAGGGAGAAGAGCCAGGGUGGUUCGAGGAGAUCCGCCGCUGGUGCCUCUGAUGAGCUGUCCAGUGAGGAGGAUAGCGAGGUCAAGGCCCAGAUGUUCCUGUUGAGGCGCAGUGUGGAAGGAGCCUCGGCUGACGGCUUCUUGAGGAGCAGGACUCCACGUACAAGCCAGGCCUCCCAGGGGAAAUCAAGAGCUCCCAGAUGGGGUCCGGUGGAGUCUGACAGCCCUGCUGACUCGGAGCAGGAAUCUGCAGUGCACAGACCGGAGUACCGGUCCGGUAUGAGCAGCAGCUCCCGCAGUGAAUCCCACCUCGACUCGGAGAGCACGCGCCAGGGAUCGGAGACAGACGACAUGCUGUGGGAGGAGCUUCUCCACGGGCCGCAGUGUCUGUCCUCCUACUCCAGCGGCAGCGAGGGAGAGGGAGAGGGAGAGGGAGAGUGUGUGCCAGAGCAGAGCCUGCCUUCCACCAGCAGGAGGAGCUCCAAGGAGGACGUCUUCCAGCAGAGCCACUUCUUCUGGCUGCAGAACUGCAGCCCCUCCUCAGAGAGAGUGAGCGCCAUUAUUUGGGAAGGGAACGAGUGUAAGAAAGCAGACCUGUCUGUGCUGGAGAUCACUGGGAUUAUCAUGAAUAGGGUCAAUGAGUUUGAACAGGGGAAGGGAUACCAGAUGUUGGGGAACAUGGUGACGGGGGUCCUGGCUUUGCUUCCCUUCCUUUUCCGCAUUGCUCGCCACCUGGACCUGGACAAACUGACGUCUCUGUCGGCCACGGAGCUGCUGUCUGUGUGCUGCGGAGUGAGCCCUGAUAAACGAGUCUGCCUCCUGUGCUUUAUUAACUUCAUCGAGCGCCUGUGCUUGACCUGGCUGUUCUUUUUCAUGAUGCGCGUGGCUGAGAGAACCUAUAAGCAGCGUUUUCUUUCUGCCAAACUCUUUAGUCAUCUGACAUCCGCUCGUAAGGCCAAGAAGUUGCAGAUCCCUCAUUUUCGACUCAAGAAGGUGAAGAACAUUCAAAUCUGGCUGUCUCUCCGCUCAUACCUAAAGAGGCGAGGACCCCAGCGCUCUGUUGAUGUAAUCGUGUCCUCCAUUUUCCUGUUGGCUCUUUCCAUUGCUUUCAUCUGCUGUACUCAGCUUCUUCAUGGCCAUGACACCUUCCUUGAUUACAUCUACAACUGGGAGCUGCUCAUCUGGGGAGCCGCGCUCAUCACCUUCCUGCUGCGUCUAGCGACCCUGGGAUCAGAAACCAAUAAGAAAUACAGCAACGUGUCUGUCCUACUGACUGAACAGAUUAAUUUAUACCUUAAGAUGGAGAAGAAACCCAACAAGAAAGAUCAGCUGAAUGUUGUGAACAACGUUCUGAAACUAGCUACAAAACUCAUGAAAGAACUGGAUACCCCCUUCAGGCUCUAUGGACUGACGGUGAACCCUCUCAUCUACAACAUCACCCGUGUGGUUAUUCUGUCUGCAGUGUCAGGGGUUAUAAGUGAGCUGCUCGGGUUUAACAUCAGAUUGUGGAAGAUAAAGCCUUGAUGUGAAACUGCAAAUAAAUUCAUCACCGACUGCCUUAGGGACCCGAGUUACUUUCACCAUUCAUAUAUAUGUGAUUGUCUAAUGCUCACACACAUCUGUGAAGCUGGCAUUUGUUGAAAUGUUUAUUCUGCCCACCACCAAACCAUCUGGAAGUGAGAGUUCAUUGGUUGACAACACAGCAGCGCUGCAUUAUACGUGUCCACUCCAAUGUACAAUGUCGUCAUGCCCAGGUGGUUUCUGUGGAAAUAAAAACCAUGGAACGAAUGCUAUGACAAUUGUUGAUAUAUUCUUUUUAUUGUAUAUAAUAUUUUGUUCCCGGAUCCCUAUUAUCUCAGGUACACCUGUAGGUGUAAUAUGUAGCAAAGAGGAUUUUGUUUUAAUAGUUGUAACCUGUGCUGUUCUAAUCGUUACCCGUACAGUGCUGGCAGACUACUCGAGCCCAAUCAGGAGACAGUGGCCACUACAAACUCAUACAUAUCUGAGAGAAAUACUGCUGUAUUACAUGACCUUUUAUUCUAAAUGUGCUUGUGCUUGUGCUUGUGCCUGUGUUCAGCUGACCUGCUCAAUGUGGUACCUUAAUGAAAUUGCAGCAUGUAGUGUUUGAGAGGAGUCAAAAUGGUGCUCUUGUUAAUUCAAGGUACGUUAUUAAAAAAAUACACUUUGAGAAGUCUUCUCUGUUGCAGAAAAGAUUCUACAGAAAUGCCAGGUUUGACACGGCCUGCCACUAAUUUCUGUAGAGAAUCACGACUUGUAAAAUGUUUCCUUACAUUUAAUCAAAAAGGUUAGCAGUGGAUGGUCACCACAAUGCUCUGCCUGUAGCAUCACCUUCAAGAAAUGAUUGAACCAAGGGCUGAUCAAACUCUGUCCCUUUUUCAAAGUUCAGAAGGGUUAACGUACCUCUAAUUGAAAUUGACAUGCUGACAAUGCUGCUGUGAUACAAUCCCACUGCACUUCAUGUAAAAUAAUCACUAAAAACAAUGCACAUGACAUUAAAAUGAGGAUGUGCUAGAUAUGUUAUGCAUAAAUUUGUUUUGCAUAAAUGCAAUUUUGUUGGAUGCUGGUUCAGAAUAAAUGAUUGCAUUUGUUA